UGGAAGAAAGAUGGUCGACAGGAGGUGUUUCUGUACGACGCCGGCACUCAUUACAAUAAUGGACGUCCAGGUCAAGACGAGCAGUUCAAAGGACGAGUGUCUCAUUUUCCAGAUGAACUACGUCACGGCAACGCCUCCAUCAGCAUCAGAAACACACGACAGUCUGACAGUGGAAGCUACACCUGUCAUUUCCCGCAUAUCCAACAACAAAGAUUCCACAUUGAGCUUCUUGUUGGUGCUGCUCCGGAGCCGUCGGUCAUAAUACUUCAUCAAACUAAGGACUCAGCGCUGCUGCAGUGUGAAGUUCGAGGUGCUUCUCCAAAACCUGAAGUUGUCUGGAAGGACAGUGAUGGAAAGAUUCUUACUGCUGAUGAUCCAAAGGUCACGAAGACAGAAGGAAACAAAUACGAUGUUGUCCUCCGUAUUACUGUGACCAAGACUGACAGCUACACCUGUGUGGCCACACAGAAGGAAAUCG